AUGCUCGCACCUUCCCUUCGCAUGCGCAGUAGACCCCUCCUCCAGCACCGACUAUCACAAGCCUGGAGAUUAGCACUCCGAAAGCCAGCAAGACUGCCCGUAGUACUUGUCUUUCCACAACAAACUUCGAGAUGCUAUUCUCAGAAAACGUCCAAAGUGCAAACGGGCGCUGGCACGACGACGCCUGUCCCCGAUAACGCUGAGCCGCCCAAAUCCAAGUUGCCUUUCUACUUUGAGGCUGGAUAUGCGCUUUUUGCAAAGAGGCCUUCACGGCCAUUUCCCCCGCCGUUCCUGUCGCUGCCUUCGACGAGUUUCUCUGAGCCCCUAAGUACGCACAACAAGAGUAGGGAUCGCCGACCGACCGUCAACGGGCAGAUGAUAAGAGGGGUUACAAACGGGGACGAUGCGGUACUGGUCAGCGAGAGCUUCAUUGCAGCAAACGAUGGCGUGGGGGCAUGGGCGACAAGAGAAAAGGGACAUGCCGCUCUAUGGUCUCGUUUAAUCGCCCAUUUCUGGUCCCUUGAAAUCGAUGGCGCAUCCUACUCCUCCACCUCCCCUCCAGAUCCCGUCACCUAUCUCCAAACCGCAUACGAACUCACCAAGCAAGCCACCUCCUCGCCCAACGAAUGGCACGGCACAACUACCGUCUGCGGAGCGCUUCUCGGUGCAGAUAACGAGCAGCCCAAUCACCCUUUACUCUACGUAACGCAACUAGGCGAUUCCCAAAUUCUCGUCAUACGACCAAGUAGCAAGGAGGUCAUCUACAAAACACAGGAGCAAUGGCACUGGUUCGAUUGUCCACGGCAACUGGGGACGAAUAGUCCCGAUACACCGGCCAGCAAUGCGGUUAUGGAUUGUGUGGAAAUCCAGGAAGAAGACGUUGUACUGGCACUCACGGAUGGCGUAGUAGACAAUCUGUGGGAACACGAGAUUGUCGAAAACAUAUGUGAAAGCAUAGAGAAGUGGAAUGGCGACAAGGAAAAGGAUACAGAAGAUCAGACUUAUGCUGAUGGCAUGCAAUUCGUAGCGAAGCAGCUAAUGAACGCUGCGAGAGAGAUUGCUCAAGAUCCGUUUGCAGAAAGUCCGUAUAUGGAGAAGGCGAUUGAUGAGGGCUUGUCCAUCGAAGGAGGAAAGCUUGACGACAUCAGUGUCGUAGCCGCACAGUGUAAACGGCGCAAAGGAUGA